AUGUCUAACCAAAAUGUGAUGGUGUUGAUGAUGCUUAUACUGAGUGUUAUUCUUCCACCACCAAUUCAAAGCUUGAAACUAAGAGCAGGGGCCUGGGGUAAAAGUUUUCUAAGAAAGAACCAAGAAACCGAAACAAACCUUCAGUUUUAUUUCCACGACACGCUCAGCGGAAAAAACCCAAGCGCUAUUAAGGUGGCUGAACCGGUAGACAACACCAAAUCAUUCAUCUCCCAGUUCGGAAACAUAUGGAUGGCGGAUGACCCGUUAACAGAAACAUCAGACCCGAAGUCGAAGCUCGUGGGCCGGGCCCAAGGUAUUUACGCAUCGUCGUGUCAGCAGGAGCUCGGGCUUCUUAUGUCUCUGAGCUACUCGUUUGUUGAUGGACCGUAUAACGGUAGCACGUUUGCUCUUGUUGGGAAGAACUCUGCUAUGAACCCGGUUCGUGAGAUGCCUGUUGUUGGUGGCACCGGCCUUUUCCGUAUGGCAAAGGGUUACGCCAUUGCUAAGACUCAUUGGUUUGAUUUGACCACUGGUGAUGCUAUUGUUGGCUAUAAUGUCACACUCGUUCAUCAGAGUUAG